AUGCUUGGAACAGAUGGACAUACCGUUUCCUCCUUUUUCCAUCCCUCAAGCUCUUCACCUGCUCACCCAGCAACAAGCCCGACAAUUUCCGCACUGCAAAAUCAUCGCACAAAUAGAACAAAAUCAUCCAAUGCGUAUACUGCAAAUGUCCCAGACCUGACGCCGAGGAUGGGCAUAGGCAGACCAAGGCCCAAUACCAUGAUGUCUCUUGCCUCUGCGCCGCCUGUUGUCCAGGGUAUCCAGCUUGUACCGGCGACAGCACUACCUGAUAAGCUUCGUUCAGUGGUCAAGUUCGAUGUCUUUAAUGCAAUCCAGUCCAAAUGUUUCUCCCCAGCUUUUGAAACGGAUGACAAUAUGGUAGUGUCAGCCCCAACAGGAAGCGGCAAGACCGUUAUCAUGGAACUUGCCAUCUGCAGGCUCAUUGCCCAGUGUCAUGGCGGAGACUUCAAAGUCGUCUAUCAGGCUCCGACAAAAUCCCUUUGUUCGGAAAGGUAUCAAGAUUGGCAUGCCAGAUUCGGUGUUCUCAACCUGCAGUGCGCCGAACUUACAGGUGACACGGACUUCAACAACUUGCGGAACGUGCAGAGCGCCCACAUUAUCCUUACGACUCCAGAGAAAUGGGACAGUGUUACCCGCAAAUGGAAGGAUCACGCUAAACUCAUGCAACUUGUCAAGCUCUUCCUUGUUGACGAGGUUCACAUUCUCAAAGAAAAUCGUGGUGCAACGCUGGAAGCUGUCAUCUCACGCAUGAAGACCGCCAGUUCGGAUGUCCGAUUUAUCGCCCUCUCUGCAACGGUGCCCAACUCAGAAGACAUUGCCGCAUGGCUAGGUAAAAGUCCUGCAUCGCAGAACUUGCCAGCACAUAGGGAGGUCUUUGGUGAAAGCUUUCGCCCUGUGGUCCUCAAGAAAUAUGUGUAUGGCUUCGAAGCAAGAUGCAAUGAUUUCGCUUUCGAAACAGUGUUGAAUAAGCAGAUACCAGGUGUUAUAUCGAAGCAUGGACAAGGGAAGCCAAUCAUGAUUUUUUGCCCAACGAGAAAAGGAUCUAUGGCCACAGCAAAGAUGUUGGCGGAUUUAUGGACCAGUUCACACCCUUCCCAGCGUCUGUGGAGUGGACCGGAGAAAUUGUCACCAUUUUCGAACUCUGAUCUGAAGGUCAUAUCCUCGGCUGGUGUUGCUUUUCACCACGGAGGCCUAAGCGUGGAAGAUCGCCGUGGAGUUGAACAAGACUUCUUGCAUGGACAGAUCAACAUCAUAUGCUGCACGUCAACCUUGGCCGUCGGGGUGAACUUACCUUGUUAUUUGGUGAUCCUGAAAGGAACCACUGCAUGGAUUGCUAAUAUGUAUCAAGAAUAUGCUGAUCUCGAGGUUAUGCAGAUGCUGGGCAGAGCUGGUCGUCCGCAGUUCGAGACUUCGGCGUGCGCCGUUAUCCUCACACGACAGAACAAGGUUUCCCACUACGAGCGGAUGACUUCCGGAGAGGAGGUGCUCGAAAGUUGUCUCCACCAAAAUCUUAUUGAACAUCUCAACGCUGAAAUUUGCCUGGGUACUGUUCAGGAUAUGGGGACAGCCAAAAAGUGGCUUGCGAGUACAUUUCUCUAUAUCCGCAUGCAGAAAAAUCCCUCGCAUUACCGCUUCAAGGAAGGAAUCGAUCAAGUUGCCAAUGAGGACGAAAUGCUGGAGCAACUUUGCAAGAAGGACAUCUCACUACUGCAUGACGCCGGCAUUAUCAACAUACAUCCUCACUUCAGCUCCACCGAAUAUGGGCAAGCAAUGGCACGAUAUUAUGUCAGUUUCGAGACAAUGAAAUCGUUCAUGGCUUUGCCGCCCAAGGCCAAGACUUCUGAAAUACUCUCUAUUUUGGCACAGGCAAGAGAGUUCCGCGACGUCCGGAUGCAAGCUGGCGAGAAAUCGUUUUACAAGGAAAUCAAUCAAGCCCCCGAGAUCAGAUUUCCUAUCAAAGUUGACGUUGCCCAGCAAGCACAUAAAGUCUCGCUUCUGAUACAGGCGGAGCUGGGAAGCAUCACGUCACCUGACGGAGAUAUUAAUAGGAAGCACCACCAACAGCACAGACAUGACAUAUCUGUCGUAUUCGCCCACGCGAACCGUCUAAUCCGGUGUUUGAUCGACUGUCAAGUACACAUGAAAGACGCAGUUUCAGCACGGCAUGCUCUGGAGCUUGGUCGCAGUCUUGCGGCUCAUGUCUGGGACAAUACUGCCAGUCAAUUGAGACAGAUCGAAGGCCUCGGCGAAGUCGCGGUUCGGAAAUUAGCAUCGGCCACCAUCAACAGUAUCGACACAUUGAUCAAUACUGAGCCUUCUCGGCUUGAGCUCGUGCUUGGAAAGAACCCGCCGUUCGGCCGGGAUCUCCUCAAGAAGCUAGAGACUUUUCCAAACCUGAGAGUUUCCGUCAAAGAGACAGGAAGAGAACUCCGGGCUGGAUGGGGAGUGACCAUCAGCUUCAUGGCAGAACUCGGGUUUCUGAAUGUUAGACCACCGAAGCCUACCAAAAAGCACCAGCAGCUCUCUGUGUGCUUCUUAACAGAAACCUCAAAUGGUGACCUCGUGGAUUACCGGAUGUUCGCUGCCAGAAGCCUAGCGAAUGGCGGCGAGAUCCCGUUGACUGUACUUCUCACGAAACCCACCACUCAUCUGACUUGUUAUGUGAUGUGUGCGGAGGUGGCUGGUACUAGCAAGUAUGCUGAGCUACGGCUCUCUGGAAUUCCGGCCUCGAUUUACCCAAGUCUGCAACCAGGCAGCGUCGACACCGGUCUUACAAACCACAAAGAUGGCAGCCUCGAAGAUGCAGCUUGGGACGACGAAUUUGACGAUGGUGGGGUCAACGACCAGGAUCUCCUAUCGGUUGAGGCUCGUGGGGAUGAGAUCGAGGUCAUAGAAGAUAUUGACGCUCUUCUAGAGGAGCAAAGCCAGAAGAAUCGGUUUGACAACUCCAAGGAAUCUUCAACCUCCCCGCGCAAGCCGAGAGAAGAGCACGAUGAAGACGCCGAUGUCACCGUGUACAAGGAACCGACACGGUUACGCAAUGGACGGUGGACGUGUCAGCACGAUUGUAGGGAGCGCAACAGGAAAUGCAAACACAAGUGCUGUGCCGAGGGGGUGGCGAAGCCUCGACGCCGUGCUAAAGGGGAAUCGAAGUCCCAUGUGGAACAAAAGGUACAAACCAAGUUGACCAGUGCGACAACGCGAGACUCGAAGACGGCAACUGUCACGCGAAUCCCAAGAACCACGGGGCACUCACGUCAGCCAGAACAGCCGAAACCAAGAGUUGCCAGUGAGGUGAUUUCCAUGCCGGCGAGGAGACGCUCUAAGGAACCUCCAUCCAAGAGGAGGAAGAUAUCGACUGAUCAGAAGCUGGAAGACGCUUUCCUUGAACCAUCGAAUGGUACCCGUCAGGACGAUAGCACAUCGGAAUGCAAUCCGGUUGUCGACUCGUCACACAACGAAGAGUCUCUGUCAGGCGGUCCAGACGCUACCUUCAAAAAGACUGAUGCUGAUCUUUUUGACUUCGGAAGCGAUGUCGCAGACGAAGUCCGUGCAAACCAGUCAACCCUGGAUAAGAUCGACGUUGUUAACGAGGAGAAUCCAGCACUGCCGAAUCCGGUUGGUGGGGACUGGUUGGAUGAAUAUCCGUUUUCUGCCUUUUCGACUUCUGAUUUUGAUCUCGGAGGAUUCGAGCCGCCACUGGAACAUGUUGCCAUGUCUGAUGUAAUCAAGCCUCACCAAGGGCUUUUUGUCACCGGGCUCAGCAGCAGCCCUGUCAAAAGUCCUAUUCACUGUGCCGAGCAGCUCAACCAAGGAAGCGAUCAUCUUGAUGCGAUGGCAGAUCACGAGCCUGUGGCUUCUGGCUCAGUGCAAGAGAAAGCAGAUGUCGCCAGCCUUGUUCCGCAGCACAAGGAACCAACAGAGUCUGACAUCAACACUCCCACGGAAACCAAUCCAAAAACUCCAGAAGCGGUGGAACUAACCACCACUACAGCGGAUGAUCACUCCAUACCAAUUGCCCUUGAGGAGGACCAAGCCGAGCGCGAACGACGGUUGUACGAGGAGGAUCAAAAGAAGAAGUGGGAGGGCAUUGAUGAAUGGAUUUAUGAUGCAUUUCAUGAGUAUGUCGAGCUCAUUUGA